AUGACCGUCAGCGGCGUGAAGUGUUUCGUCUUCUCCUCCUCUGCGACGGUAUACGCCCCUAAACCGGAGUCAAAGAUAAAUGAAACCGACCCUCUGGGGCCCUCCAACCCUUACGGCCAAACCAAACUUAUGAUUGAGCAGAUCCUUAAGGAUGUUUACAUCGCCGACAACAGCUGGAAGAUAUCCAUCCUCCGGUAUUUCAACCCCGUGGGCGCGCACCCCAGCGGCCUUAUUGGCGAGUCGCCUGAUCAACCCAAUAAUCUGCUGCCAGUGAUUCAGCACGUCGCUGUGGGGAGAAAGAAGUGCCUCCAAGUUUACGGAAAUGACUGGGAAACCCCAGACGGAACGGGCGUUCGCGAUUAUUUGCACGUAGAUGACUUGGCUUCCGGCCAUCUCGCUGCGCUCAAAAAACUGCUUGACGCUCCAGGAGGGACUCUUCUCAUACACAACUUGGGGACAGGCCGUGGGUAUUCUGUGUUGGAGUUGAAGAGAGUGUUUGAAGAGGUGUCUGGACAGCCCAUCCCGCACGAAGUGGUCGGGCGACGGCCCGGCGACUUGGCGUGUGUUGUGGCGGAUCCGACUUUGGCUGAAAACGACUUCAAUUGGAAGGCAACGCGCACCAUCGAGGAGGCGUGUCGGUCUGCUUGGCGGUGGCAGUCUAGUAAUCCACAAGGUUAUGCAUGA